UACUAGGACAGUUGCAUUCACUUGCUCUAUUAUUAUAAUCUAUUGUCAAAGAUUUAGAUUUGGAUAUUUGUCCCUUUUUUCUUUGCAUGCAUGUUCUUCCGCUACUGCGCGCAUUUCCCGUACCUUCCACGAGAAUCCCAUCCCACAUACAGCCGCCCCAACGUACAGUUGGCGCUUUCAUUCGCAGAAUGAGUUCACAUACAAUAACCGGCCUGAAGCGGUGGUCUUGCCAGUCAAAGGACCUUCCUGCUGUUUCGCAGAUAAAAGCAAUCCAUGUCUACGACUUUGAUAAUACAUUAUUCACAAGUCCACUUCCAAACGCGAAGCUUUGGAAUGGGCCUACAUUAGGGUAUCUCCAGCACUCAGACAGUUUCGUCAAUGGCGGGUGGUGGCACGAUGCAGCCAUUCUAGCUGCAACCGGAGAAGGCGUGGAGAAGGAGGAGCUCAGAGCAUGGGCAGGCUGGUGGAACGAACAGAUUGUCGAUCUCGUACAGCUAAGCAUGGAACAAAAGGAUGCGUUGACAGUCCUUCUCACCGGCCGCUCCGAAGGCCCCUUUGCAGAACUUAUCAAGCGGAUAGUGGCCAGCAGGGGGCUUGAGUUCGAUAUGAUUUGUCUCAAACCAGAGGUUGGGCCGUCAAACCAGAAGUUCGCCAGUACGGCCGAGUAUAAAAAGGAAUUCAUCUCAGAUCUGAUCUACACAUACAGCGACGCAGAAGAGAUCCGGGUCUACGAGGAUCGGCCCAAACACGUCAAAGGCUUCCGCGACUUUUUCACCAAUUUCAACACAGCACUUCUUUCCAUGAAUCGCCCAAUCAACCGCAAACCCAUUACCGCAGAAGUUAUCCACGUCGCUGAAGCCGCCGCAACGCUCAGCCCAGUCGUCGAAGCCGCCGAAGUGCAACGCAUGAUCAACGCACACAACCGGGCUCGCCGAAAUGGCGUCGACAACGUCAAUGGAUUCCUCAAGAUAAAACGCACCGUCUUCUACACAGGCUAUCUUGUCUCAACAGACACGUCAGAAGACCUCCUUACCCUCGUCAACCUCCCGCUCCACGCCCCCGACUCCGACAUCAAAUAUCUCGCCAACAAUAUUCUCAUCACGCCACGUCCUUGCCCACGCAGCAUCCUCGACAAAGUGGGUGGGCUAGGUAAAAAGCUCCGGUGGCAAGUUACUGGAACAGCAGUUUUUGAGAACAAGAUUUGGGCCGCGCGGGUCCAGCCCGUACCUGAGAAUGAGAAGAUUUAUACCGAAAAUCCGGUGCCAAUGGUCGUUCUUGCUCAUCGACGUGGUGCACGCCCGAUAGAUGCCGGACGUAUCCAGAACUGGCAACCAGUUGCGCCAGAGAAACAAUUCAUGUUCGACUCGGUUGUCGGCGAAAAGGUUCUUUUGCGCGUCGAAGAAGCCAAUCCCGCUGAAGGCGAAUGGGAAAGUCUGUUUCCGACAAAGAAUUUCAAGCGGAGACAUCCCCAAGAAGAAUCAGACACGAGUAAUGGUGGCGUGCCCCUGCCGCCGCAUUAUGGUAACCAGCACCCGAGACAUCACACGCAGCAUACCCGGGGCGGUGGCGCAUCAGGGCAUUCAAACCGCGGCGGCUCGUUUCGGGGCGGCAGCGGAGGAGGUGGUGGGGCUGGUCGGGGCGGAUACCGACAGCAACAGCAACAACAUCACCACUCCUCACAAGGAGGCGGACGCAGUGGUGGCGGAGGUCGUGGAGGCGGGGGAGGUCACCGUGGCCACGGCGGCCGAUCAUCAGGCAGAGGAGGUCGCGGCGGAGGAGGUGGCGGACCAGGCCAUAGCCACGGCCAUGGACAUGGACAUGGCGGCGGCGGCGGCUAUCGAUCCCUUGACGACGUUCAUGAAAGACCAUACGGCGGGUCGGGUAAUCCUCCGAACUACGAAGACGGGGGAAUGGGAUAUUGACCGGCAAUACCAAAGAUCUAUGGGAAUUAUAUAUAUUCUUCUUCGCCAUUCCUCAUCAUUCUCAUUUAUGUUACAUUUCAGCGAACCAUUAUCGCAAUCGGAUGUGGCUCUAGGUAUCACACUAUUCCUUAAACCAACACGGAUAAUUAACGGCAGUUAUGCAUAUCAUGAAUUUAUUUGUUUCCCCUUUUCAGUUUCUUUAUUUUCCAGGUUGGGUACGGACAAAACAAAUCACACUACAGUACAAGAAGCAUGAGGAUAUAUGCUGGGUUUCUUUGGAGUUCCUUGAUGUAAUAAACUCAUAAAUCUGCGUUGCGGACAUAAUACAAGUCCUUGAUGCAACAUGAACGUAAAACAGAGACACAAAUUAGGUAUUCUUGAAUCGUGG